AAAAAGAGAGAAGGCUGCAGAGCUGCCAUUUUGAAUGAGUCCGUCUCCUUCCAGCAGAGAGCGGAACCAAACAGCGGAACCACCCGGACGCUUUACAUGUCAACACCUACUGUUGUGCUCUUCUGCUUUCCAAACCAGGAAGAUGGAUCUGCUGUCGAACAAAUGGACCGUUCAUCUGCUAGUUUGUUGGUUUUUCGUCGGUGUCAGCUGUAAUUCAGUGGAAAACAAGAUUUAUGUGCAUCUCAAUUACACUGUCUCGUGUGUGCGACUGCUCAAUGCAACACAUCAAAUAGGCUGCCAGUCCCAUUUGUCAGGUAAUGUGGGCGUGCUCCAUGUGCUCGAGUCAGAGGAAAACCUGGACUGGGUCCUGCACUCUGGUCUCAAUCCUCCUUACCUGGUUAUCCUGGAGUACCCGCUGUUUACCAGAUCCGUCAUGAUGAAGUUGAAGAACGGCUCCAGCAGGGUGGCUGGCGUUGCUGUUGUGGCGCCGAACACAAACCCCCUCGAGGGCUUCUCUCCACACACCUCCUGUCCCAACGAGAACACAGGCGUGUAUUCAGAGAGCUAUGAUCCAGCCAUGGCCCAUUGUAACGUGACACUGUGGAACCCUUUGGGAAACGGCUUGUCCUAUGAGGAGUAUGAUUUCCCCAUCUUCUCUCUGAAAGAGGACAAUGACACUCAGGUCAUACGGCAGUGCUACACGGACCACAACCGCGCUGUGAACGGCAGCACUCCUCGGUACCCGCUGUGUGCAAUGCAGCUGUUCUCCCACAUGUCCGCCGUCACUGACACGGCCACCUGCAUGAGGAGAAAUGACAUCAACUUUAGCAUCAGCCCAGAGAUGGUUUGUGACCCACUGGGUGACUAUAAUGUUUGGGCCUCCACCAAGCCUAUCAACAACACAGCCAAGGGGCACAAGGUGGGGGAGAGUGUGGUCAUAGCAGCAACCAAGUUGGACAGCAGGUCUUUUUUCUUUGAGGUUGCUCCCGGAGCAGAGAGUGGCGUCUCUGGGUUUGUCACUCUGCUGGCGGCCGCUCAAGCUCUGCGAAAUGUCACCCAGGAGGCCCCACCUGAGCGCACCAUCCUCUACACCUUCUUUCAAGGGGAAACGUUUGACUACAUUGGCAGUUCGAGGAUGGUGUAUGAUAUGGGGAACAAUCACUUCGCCUUGGACCUGGACAACGUUCACUCCGUACUGGAGAUUGGACAGGUGGGACUUCGUGCUGACUCCAAGCUGUGGCUCCACUCUGAUCCUGUCUCUAGGAAGAACAGCAGUGUCAAUGAAGAGGUGAGGAAGCUCAUUGGGAACUUGCAUUCGGCUGCCACAGGUUUAAGCGUCUCCGUGGACGAGCCCAAUGUCUCUCAGCCACUCCCGCCCUCGUCCUUCCAGCGUUUCCUGCGAGCUCGGCCAAUCCCUGGCGUUGUUAUCGAGGAUCACCAGUCUGCUUUCACCAACAAGUUCUAUGAGAGCAUGUACGAUAAUGCAGAGUACCUGAAUGUAUCUUACCCACCGAACCUGACACCAGAGGAGCAGCUAAACUUUGUCACUGACACUGCUGAGGCUCUGACUGAGGUGGCCACGUUGGUUGCCCGGGCUCUGUACAUACAAGCAGGAGGAGCUGAAACCCAGCUGAGCAGCAUUACUGCAGACCGUCUAACAGUGACCCGGAUGUUGUACGGUUUCCUUGUUCGGUCAAAUAAUUCCUGGUUCCAGCAAGUAGUCCCCUCCGACCUCUCAAGCCAUCUGGCUGAUAGACCCACAAACUUCUACGUCGGCGUGGCCCAACAGCCCAGCGAACCGACCCUUCUGGUCCAGCACCUGCUGGCUAACCUGACUGGUAACACCGCCAACAUCACCCAGGAGAACUGCCAGAACCAGAGAGAGGAUGAGAAGGACAAAGAGACCAAACAUAUGUACUACUACAUAUGGGUUCAAGGUGCAGCGCCUCCCAACAGCACAAAGAGGGAGGGUUUCUGCGUGCGCUCCACAGUCCGUCUCUCUAAAGCGGUGUCCCCGGCCUUCGACCUGCGGGAGUACACCUCCAAAGAUUACUCAACGUGGACAGAGUCCCGGUGGAAGGCCAUCAAAGGACGCAUAUUCCUGGUGGCAAGUCACGAACUGGAGAUGUUGACGCUCGGCGUGGGUUUCGGCGUGCUGCUAACAUCCCUGCUGCUGACGUACAUCAUGAGCUCGAAGGCUGACAUACUCUUCAACUCGGGCAGGGAGCCCGCCAACGCCACAUACUGAUCCAGACUGAGGCGACGCCAGCCCACGACCACUAUUACUACUACUACUACUACUACUACUACAACUACUACUUCUAUCCCAACCAGACAUGGACAGGGUCUUCUCUUUAAAACACAUAACAAGUAGGUACACAGACAGUUUAGACACAGCAGCAGCAGCAGCAGCAGAGGUUUUCUUUCUUAGACGACGACAACGACGACUCCAUGUUUAUGGACUCACUCGGGUGAGGCGUGACAUGAAGACUGGACCGGACUGGAUUGGCCUGGAUGGAUCUGGACUCAUCAGGGUCAGAAAACACUGGUCAGGCCCUAUCAGUGGAAAAGAUGUUUAUAUUUCUUUUUUUUUGUUUUCCCUUUUUAUUGUCAAAGAAUGUUUGUUUACUGUGUCACGGGAUAGGCACUAAAACAUGGAGCAUUAUUUUGAGCGUGUAUGAUUGUGAAUAUGUAAAUGUGACCGGGUGUGUGAUUCAGCGUGUACGGACAAUAAUGAGUGUGUGUGUGUGUGUCUGAACCUUGUAUGAGGAUUGCGAUGUGCAAUACAACAGCUGUUCUCUGUCAAUGUAGUUAACUUAUCAAUCAGUUCUAAUAAGAAGAAACCACUUUUUUGAACAAGUAGUUAAAUUUAAGUUUUUGCAUAAUCUGGAGAUGUGUGGUGAAGUAUUUUGAUAAGUUUUAGGUUCUGGGACAACAAUCCUAAAUAUUUAUAUUGUUCACUUCCAGUACACUUAUAACUACACGUGUAUGUAGUUGUAGACCUACUGCAAUUUCACAUAUUGUGAUAUUUGUGUGGAGAAGAAGAAUUUCCCAUCGGGUCCCGGUGUGGCUGACAAACAAACACUUUAUUUCAUAUCGAUCAGCUGCCAAAAAAAAUCUCAAAUCCAGUCAGAAAAUCUUGUGUUACGACACUAAAAAUGCGCUGGUACUCUGGCUGUGCACUCUCUUUUUUUGUUCGUACCUUUUUCACAAGGUUUCUUUUAAUGAUAACUUCUGAGAAAAAAAUUGUGUCAACACUCAAAAAAGGUUUUAAUUUUAUUAUAAUGUAAUGGCUGGAAUCAAUGACCAAUUGUGAUGCCUUGAUGAAGAAAUAAACAUUGCUUCUUUUCCA